CCACUCCAGGACAACAUGGAGAUCCUAAGCAACUUGACAUCUCAAUUUCCAAUCUUCUCACUCACUGGUAUUCCUGGCCUAGAGUCUGUCCAUUCCUGGCUCUCCAUUCCAUUCUGUUGUCUCUUUGCCGUUGCCUUGUCUGGGAACAGCAUGAUCCUGUUUGUCAUCCUCACCCAGCAGAGUCUCCAUGAGCCUGUGUACUAUUUCCUCUCCAUGCUGUCAGCUACUGAGUUGGGUUUGACUGUUUCUACAAUGUCAACAACGGUAGGUGUCCUAUGGUUUAAUGCAAGUAAAAUCAGUUUGGAUACCUGCAUCAUCCAGAUGUUUUUUCUUCAUGGAUUCACCUUCGUGGAAUCUGGGGUGCUUGUGGCUAUGACUUUUGACCAUUACGUGGCAAUUUGUAACCCUCUGAGGUACACAACCAUCCUCACUAAUUCCAGAAUCAUUCAGAUGGGCCUCUUGAUGAUUAUACGUACUGUAGUAAUAGUAGUACCACUACUCUUGCUUCUCAAGGAUCUCUCUUUCUGUAGAGCUAAUGCCCUUUCCCACUCCUAUUGUUAUCAUCCAGACGUGAUUAAAUUAGCAUGUUCAGACACUUGGGCCAACAGCAUCUGUGGAUUAAUUGGUCUCAUCCUGACCACAGGAAUAGAUACAUCAUGCAUUGUCUUGUCUUAUAUCCUAAUUAUUUGUUCUAUUUUGAGUAUUGCCUCCCCUGAAGAGAGGCACAAGGUCUUUAGCACUUUUGUCUCCCACAUCAGAGCAGUUGCUAUUUUCUGCAUCCCCAUGGUAAGCCUGUCCUUGAUGGAUCACUAUGGUCGGUCAGCCCCCAGAGUGGUCCAUUCAGUGAUGGCCAAUAUAUACCUGGUUCUGCCCCCUGAGCUCAACCCCAUCAUCUACAGUGUCAAAACCAAACAAAUUCACAAGGCUAUACUUCAAAUACUCUGUCAAAAGCACUCUAGGAGAAAUGAAUAUUAUAAGAUCAGAAGUCAGAGCAAGAACUAUAGUAAUCUAUAUUCCAUGUCUUGA